AUGUUACCUGGUACCACCGUUCUUCAGCCACAAGUAGCUAUAGUCGCUGUAGAUCCAGAAACUCUGAGAGCCAUACUUUCUGGUACAUUUAACACACAAUCUCUAUUCCCACCAGCGAAUAUCGCCAAUCCGGUUAUGACGUCAAGCUUGAACCUACCAACGCAAACAUCAGGUAAUAACAAUAUGCCUUCAUCCGUGCCGGCAGUUGCAGCUAGCCAUCAGAUUGCAGAACCUGAAGUGACCUCACAGUCUGAAUCAGGCGGCGCCGGUAUCCAGAGGAAGAAGCCAGAGGAAGAAAAUAAAUAUGUAAAGGUGUCGAGUCCAGGGAAUGACUCAAAUAAUGCAUUGUCAACACAGUCAUCCAUGAAACCUAUACAGAAACCUGGUGCUAACUACUCCAGCAGUACAUUACCAUCACAGAAUUCUUCAAAUAUUGCCUCACAAACACCAGCACCUAAAUUAGGAAAUCCUCCAAGAACGCUACGUUUUCUAGAAAAGUCUGAACCAGGAGAAACCAUUACCCAGUCGGAAGAAUGUCAGCGCAGUGGAAUGCAUACUGGUAGAGAGCCGAAAAAGCUAAAUCCUUCAAGCUUUAUCUUCCGAUCACGAAAGUCAGUGACAGAGGAAACUUCCAAGACUCUUGAGAAUGAUGCAACGAAUGACUUAGAACCAUGGAAAGCUGGUGACGCUGAUACACUUGGUCGACGUCAAGAGGUUUCGUCAAUAAGCGCCUACUAUGAACAAAUGAAACGUCGAAACAAUCGACCUCUAAGCGCGUAUAAACCAACAACUGAAUCACAACGUCCAUCAACUAUAAGUCCUUCUUCACUGAAAUCUUCUGGAGGUUCACCAAACUUUGAUGGUAGUCCUGUGAACCGCCGAUCAACUCAUCAGCUGACUAGAGGUCACACUAUUGCUUCAAGUAAACCAGACUGUCCUCGUUCAUCCACUUUUUCUGAAGAACGAGCACAAGUGAAAGAGACUGAUCCUUCUAUAAUGACUGUAGCUGAACGUGCACGUCAAUGGCAGUUAGCUCAGUUAACUGGUCAACGAGAUUCUCGUUAUUCUACAUCAGGUUUUAUUGAUCAAGAUUUAGUUGACUGCCAGGAGUUGGUACCGGUUGAAGAUAGAGUGAAAAUGUUUGAUACUGGUGUAGCUACUAGUCGUCAAACUGAAAAGAAUCCAGCAUUAACAUCAGAGCUAAAAGAGUUAAGAGAAAGAAAACAAGUGAAAUUUGGUGAUGACAAUCCAGUCAAAUCAUCUGUACCUUUAAAAUCUACAAAUUUAGCCAAUAAAUCAGUAGCCUCUGUAACAUUACAGGCUAAGCGAUUGAAUCACGUCAAUCCUAGAAGACCACAUUCCAGUGUAAAUUUACAAAGGAUUAAACAGGAACCUUUACAAACAGGAUUAAUUCAAAAACCUACAAAUAAUAUUUCUCCAAUAGUACAGCAAAGCAACUCGAAUUUGAAAAUUGCUCCAGUUAAAGGUAUACAACAGUCGAAUGGAGAUGAAUUAACCAGGUAAAUGGAUCAAACGCGUUUAUUCAGUUUUCACUUAUUUUUUUUCAUUGAUCUUAGUCUCAUUUAAGGAUAAAAUCAGUCAAGUUUUAUCACGGAUUGAUAUAAUUCAGGGUUCCACUGAAAACCGUGGAGUACUGGACAACUGUUUCGCCUCACUUCGGGACUCAUCAUCAGGAGACACCUACCAGGGCAAUAAAUCAAAUCCCUACAAAUAAACUCUUCAAAAUUAACCUGAUGUUUGCUAAAGUCUGACUGGCUACAUGAUGAAAUCGCCUCAGAUUCUGGUAAGAAGUCGUCACUAGUGGGGUACACCCGGUACGGAGGGAGGACAGAUAUUCGCCUAUGACUCUGGCUGGUGGUCACGCUAAAGAUUGGAAUUCACAGGCAAAUGAAUAGAUUCCCAUUGGCUUAAUGGUCUACGAGCUUGCCCUGUAAUCGGAAGGUGUUUCGUUUGAACCCUGGUGGUGGGUAGGUAUUGAAAAAGAGUCCCAGACUUGGAUGAGACAGUUGUCCAGCCUUUCUUUGAUUUGAAUGGUUCUCUAACUGAUAUCAGUCGGUGAUCAAACUUGAAACAAAUAAAAUCUCUACCAAAAAUCUCUUGAAAAUAAAAUCAGUCAGUUGGAUGAUGUAUGUGAACGUAAUGUCUACUCCGAUGGCCCUGAAGUAUAGUAUUCAUUAGCCCUACGUCAGAACCACCAUGUCUUCUCUCUAAUAUUUACAACUGACAGACGUCUGCUUCAAGGUGUUUUCCUCCUGAAAACUACUCACUCUCCUCAACUUUUCC